AUGUCUCGGAGACCUUCCUACCUCGCGCACGUAGAAACUGUCAUCGAGAUGGACUGGCCAGAGGAAAUAACACGCGUAGAACGUGCUGCUUUGACGUCCCAAGGUAAUUUAAAACGAACGCUCCAGUCGCAUUUCAACCGAGAUAUUGAAGUUCAUCGUAUCUGGGAAACACCGACGUCGGGCUCCGGUCCCACCGCAAGUGCGGCCACACCAUUUGAACAAGCGCGUCGAGUUCACUUGGUGUGCGAAUCCCACGUUAUAUGCGUCUGCAUCUCAACAUUGCGUAUCACGUCCCCGCACGCCGCACACCUAGUUGCUGAUGACCACUUGACUGUGGGUGAGGCGUUCCGUUCGCUUGCUCGCCAGCCUGGAGCUAAGGCCGAGUUCGAUUUACUCGAGGUUGGUCUGGAGGAGGUUGAAGACGGAAAGGAGAGUCUGUGGAGAAGGUACAUCCUUCGUGCAGAAGGAUUCGAGUGCGACGUUCGGGAAAUCUUUCCCGACAGGGAGAUGUUUGCUGGUUCUGAGGACUGGUUAAUCAAUCAGUCACUUCCUCAAGGUGGAUUGGCCACCACGCCCCGUCCAGGCGCCAUCCAGCUUGCCUUUUGA